GUUGAAUAUUCUCUCUUUUUCUCAUUUAUGCUGAUUGGAGGUAUGUUCUUGAGCAGCAGAAGCACAACACACGAAGAAGAAAGAAGAAGAAGAAGGUCAAAUUAGGACCUUUUUGAAAAUCAACGAAUUCGGUUGUCAUCGUGAGAAAGUUUUUGUGAUAGAGAAAGAGAGAGACAUGGGUUGUUUCUUUUGCUCCGGUGGAGAUUCUUCUGAGAAAAGAUCACCCCAAAAUAAGAGAAAGAACAACACCAAGAACAACCAAUCACAUCCCUCUCCUGAUAACUCCAACUUGAAUCCAAGUAGCGAAUUGAAGAAGGAUAAUCCUAAAGAAUCCAAUCAAUCAUCAGUUGCCAAUGAGAACGAUGAUAAAAUCAAAUCUCCCAACAAUAAAGAGUCUAACAAAACCAAGGCACGAAAAUUUACAUUCGCUCAAUUGGUAACUGCCACCAAUAAUUUUAAGGCUGCAAAUUUCUUGGGUGAGGGUGGAUUUGGUAAAGUUUAUAAGGGAAAAUUAGAAGACACUCAUGAGAUUGUUGCAAUUAAGCGAUUGGAUCUUGAUGGGAGUCAAGGGAUUCGAGAAUUUGUUGUUGAAGUGUUGACUUUAAGCAUGGCCAAUCAUCCAAAUUUGGUCAAAUUAAUCGGUUAUUGUGCAGAAGCCGAACAAAGGUUAUUAGUCUACGAGUACAUGCCGUUAGGUUCUUUGGAGGACCAUCUGCACGGUGUACGUGUGAAUAGGAAGCCGCUUGAUUGGAACGCGAGGAUGAAAAUAGCGGCGGGUGCGGCCCGCGGGUUGGAGUAUUUGCAUGACCAAAUGAAUCCGCCGGUUAUAUAUCGAGACUUGAAGUGUUCUAAUAUUUUAUUAAAUGAAGAAUAUCAUGCCAAGUUAUCUGAUUUUGGGUUAGCAAAAGUGGGCCCACUUGGGGACAAGACACAUGUCUCGACCCGAGUGAUGGGUACGUAUGGUUACUGUGCUCCCGAUUAUGCGUUGACCGGUCAACUUACCUUCAAAUCCGAUAUAUAUAGCUUUGGAGUUUUGCUCUUGGAGCUCAUUACGGGGAGAAGACCAAUCGAUAAUACAAAACCUACUUCCGAGCAAAAUCUUGUUAAUUGGGCGCGACCGUUGUUCAAAGAGCGAAAGAAGUUUUCUCGGUUGGUGGACCCUAUGCUUGAAGGGAAAUACCCUGUGAGGGGGCUUUAUCAAGCUCUUGCCAUUGCUGCAAUGUGUCUACAAGAACAACCUAACAUGAGACCUCUUGUGGCGGAUGUUGUAACGGCUCUUAAUUAUUUGGCAACCCAAAAGUAUGAUCCGUUAAUUCACCCGGUUCAGAGGUCAAGGUAUUGGUCAAACCUUGACCAGGAUGGGGUUGUAUCGCCUUGAAAGGUGGUUUUAAACCCUAAUGUUUAUAUCAGAAUCGGAGGAGAAAUUCCUCCCAUUCUGUUUGUUUUUUUUUUUUUUUUUGGGAGUUGAUGAGAAGCAUUAUACGGAGGGGUAGGAUGUGGGGUUAAAAGGGGAGUUUUGUACAAGGAGUACUUUUUUCUCCUUGGAAGAUGGUAAAGUAAAAUGUUGGAUUUUUAGAGCAAAAGAUAAGAGUUUUUGUAAAUGGAUGUAAAGGUUUUCUUUUUCUCGAAGGAUGGGUGUGGUCAAAUAGUAACACAAAGACAAGGAGAGAUGUCGUGUACUUGAAUCUUUAAAAAAAAAAAAAAAGUUAAUAAGGUACAAGAAUGAACUUUAGAGUUUAAAUUUUAGGUGGGGUUUUCAUAUAUUUAUUUUGAAAACAAGUAUAAGAUAUACAAUAAUCAAAAUUGUAUAAUCAGUUUUAACAAAUGUCGAUAAUCAAUUGUUUCAGAUUAUAUAGAG